AUGGCUAUAGGCACAAAUCUGCAAAUGAUUGCAGACAAAAGUCUACAACACGCACGCGAUAACAAAGAAAAGCAUAGAGUGGACAAAUCUGCACUGUACAGUGAGCUGACUACCAAAUCUUCAAUUUCUGUUAUUGAAAUCGACACCGAAAAAUCAACACGCAGAAACGCAAUAUCGCCUACAGUUUCUGACAGCAACGUCGCUGCCAAACAUUGCCCCGAAGUUGAUUUCUCGAAUGAAGAAUGCACACUAACCAACUCACAUGAUUCCCAAGAUGAAAUACAACAGGGCUCUAUGGUACCCAAUGGCGACACAGAAGCUCCGGUAAAUACUGCAAUGUCAGAAGACGAAACAAUUUAUAAUUACCACUCAAUCACAAGGGAUCCAAGUGGGAAACUGAGACUAGUAAACAACAAUAAACCGAAGUCGCAGAGCCCAGUGUCCAACUGUUCUGACAUAAACUCCCCGCCCUGUAGUCCCCAAGUUAGUCCAAAAGAAAAUGAUACAACGCGUACUGUUUCUCAGGACUUCAGCUUUCGGAACACUCACAGUGCAAGGAAUUUACAUACAGACAUCACAGAUCUUUUACACGAUCCCCUUACACUUGAUUAUAAUACUUACAUGGGUGAUGGUUCUUACAUUACUAACAACUGCCUUACAAAUCUAGACGAUGAGAUCAACGAGCGCCACCUGGCAUCUUGUGACCGAGACACACUACUACAGAAAGUUAACUACAGUACAGUCUCCAGAGCAGAAGAUUUGGAUCUAAGUGAUCAGAAACUGGAGGAAUACUUCAGUGAACUUCGCCAAUGCCUGCAGUUGACUAAUUCCCAGGAAACAGUGUAUAAGCUGGCGUGCGACGCCCAGGAUCAUGAGUUAAUGGAGCUCUUAGAGCUGGUUCUGAAGAAGAAACCACCUGUCUUAAAUGAAUCCUUAAACUUCAUUGCAAAUCCGUUAGCGAUAAUUCGACAUAGCUUAGCUGAGCCAGACCACGGCGAACAAGAAAGUCUAAACGAAGCUAGCCAAAGUCCUACCCGAAACCAGAAACAAAUAAUCAAACAGGCCACAUCAUCAGCAGCAGAAAAAGAUGAACCUCAUAGCCAGCAUCACAACCCAAAGAAGAAAACUGUAUCAGAUAGUGAAACUUGCAGUACUGCUGAAAGGAUUACCUUGAGUCAGUGUUUCAGUCAAACUUUAGACAGGGCUGAGUGCAGUCAAAGCACAGCCAAAGCCCUGAUCAGUUUGUUUGGACACAUCCUCAGCAGCCGUAGAUCAUUACAAGAACAACGAUCCACUACAGAAUCGCCUGUUUCGAUCAUCGACAAGAUUCAGUCUCUUGAUUUCCAGCGAAGCGUAGAGAAGAAAUGUAGCGGCGACACGAAAAGCGCAGCCUCUUCCAGCACACAUCCAACAGAAGAUACACACAGACAGCCACAAUAUUCAGAAAACAGUCCUGCUAAGCUCAUAGCCCAGAAGUUUCUAAGAAAACACAAUAGGAACAACGCCGAGCAAUGUAAAGACAAUAACAUGUUAGAUGUUUUAACGGAAGGAUCCGAAGAAAAUUAUGAGCUGACCAAUUCCGUGUCGGAUGUCUCCUCUGUUAAAGCAACACCUACAGCGCCAAGUAAAGGCUGCAACAGCGGGGCUGAAUCUUAUGCAGGGGCAGAACUACCAAACACGAAGAUCAUCUCACGCGAACAUCCAGAAGCUGGUCCGGUGAAGGAUCUGAGGACAUGCCAGAAAACUCGGGCUCCACUGUCACCGGAGAAGACAACGAAGUUGUGUCCUGUGUUGGAGAGAGAUGAGACGUAUACGGCUCAGGGAAUGGAACCUUGCCUGAGGCCGCUCAGUUUAGAGAAAGAAGGCACGUGUUCUGACGGUGACAACGUGCGAGGAGCAGCAGCCAAAGAAAGUAGACCCCACAGAGACUCGCUAGCCCCGGCAGAUCGCAAAUACCCGGCCCCUAUUGUCGAACUCUUCCGAGAUCAAGACGAGUACUUAAAAAAGUUGAAGGAAGUGCGCGAGAAAUUUGAGAUGAGUAUUCAAGCCCUUAGCAACGAAAGAAAGAACAGACUUGCGGAAGAAGAACGGCAACAAAAUAAAUAA